CCGGGCGCCCGCCUCCCUCCUGCGCGGACUGUCUCCCGACUCGCCGGCUGAGAGCCCUUUCCGACUGCGAGCGGCGGUGCGGAGCCGAGGCGGCGGCGCGGGACCUGCAGGCGCCCGGGAUUCCCUCCAGGUGACGAUGCUCUGGUUCUCCGGCGUCAGGGCUCUGGCUGAGCGUCCCUGCCGGCGCUCGCCCGGGAUUACCUGCUGCGUCUUGCUGCUGCUCAAUUGCUCGGGGGUCCCCAUGUCUCUGGCUUCCUCCUUCUUGACAGGUUCUGUUGCAAAAUGUGAAAAUGAAGGUGAAGUCCUCCAGAUUCCAUUUAUCACAGACAAUCCUUGUAUAAUGUGUGUCUGCUUGAACAAGGAAGUGACCUGUAAGAGAGAGAAGUGCCCAGUGCUGUCGAGAGACUGUGCCCUGGCCAUCAAGCAGAGGGGAGCCUGUUGUGAGCAGUGCAAAGGUUGCACCUAUGAAGGAAAUACCUAUAACAGCUCUUUCAGAUGGCAGACUCCUGCACAACCCUGUGUUCUACGUCAGUGCCAGGAAGGUGUUGUCACAGAGUCUGAGGUGCGAUGUGUUGUUCAUUGUAAAAACCCUUCCAAGCAUCUGGGAACGUGCUGCCCCACAUGUCCAGGUUGUGUGUUUGAGGGUGUGCAGUACCAAGAAGGGGAGGAAUUUCAGCCAGAAGGAAAUAAAUGUACCAGGUGCUCCUGUGUUGGAGGCAGGACACAGUGCGUGAGAGAAGUCUGUCCCAUUCUCUCCUGUCCUCAGCACCUUAGCCACAUUCCCCCAGGACAGUGCUGCCCCAAAUGUUUGGGUCAGAGGAAAGUGUUUGACCUCCCAUUUGGAAGCUGCCUCUUCCGCAGUGAUGUUUAUGACAAUGGAUCUUCAUUUCUCUAUGAUAACUGCACUGCAUGCACCUGCCAGGACUCCACUGUAGUAUGUAAGAAGAAGUGCUCCCACCCUGGUGGCUGCGUCAGAGGGGAGGAGACCUGUUGUGAGGAGUGCCUCCUGCGAGUGCCUCCAGAAGACAUCAAGGUGUGCAAGUUUGGCAACAAGAUUUUCCGGGAUGGAGAGAUGUGGUCCUCUGUUAACUGCACCAUCUGUGCUUGUGUGAAAGGCAAGACAGAGUGUCGAAAGAAGCAGUGCGUUCCCAUCAGCAGCUGCCCGCAGGGUAAAAUUCUCAACAGAAAAGGAUGCUGCCCUAUUUGCACUGAAAAGCCCGGCGUGUGCACGGUGUUCGGAGAUCCCCACUACAACACUUUUGACGGCCGGACAUUUAACUUUCAGGGGACGUGUCAGUACGUUUUGACGAAAGACUGCUCCUCCCCUGCCUCGCCCUUCCAGGUGCUGGUGAAGAACGACGCCCGCCGCACCCGCUCGUUCUCCUGGACCAAGUCGGUGGAGCUGGUGCUGGGCGCCAGUACCGUCAGCCUGCAGCAGCACCUGACCGUGCGCUGGAACGGCUCGCGCAUCGCGCUGCCCUGCCAGGCGCCGCACUUCCACAUCGACCUGGACGGCUACCUGCUCAAAGUGACCACCCAGGCAGGUUUGGAAAUAUCCUGGGAUGGAGACAGUUUUGUCGAAGUCAUGGCUGCCCCCCAUCUCAAGGGCAAGCUCUGUGGUCUUUGUGGCAACUACAAUGGACAUAAGCGUGAUGACUUAAUUGGUGGAGAUGGAAAUUUCAAGUUCGAUGUGGAUGACUUCGCUGAGUCCUGGAGGGUAGAGUCCAAUGAGUUCUGCAACAGACCUCAGAGGAAACCAGUGCCUGAACUGUGUCAAGGGACAGUGAAGGUAAAGCUCCGAGCUCAUCGAGAAUGCCAGAAACUCAAGUCCUGGGAGUUUCAGACCUGCCACUCAACCGUGGACUAUGCUACUUUCUACCGGUCCUGCGUGACAGACAUGUGUGAAUGUCCAGUCCAUAAAAACUGUUACUGCGAAUCAUUUCUGGCAUAUACUCGGGCCUGCCAGAGAGAGGGCAUCAGUGUCCACUGGGAGCCUCAGCAGAACUGUGCAGCCACCCAGUGCAAGCACGGAGCUGUGUACGAUACCUGUGGUCCAGGAUGUGCCAAGACCUGUGACAACUGGAAUGAGAUUGGUCCAUGCAAUAAGCCAUGCAUUGCAGGUUGCCACUGUCCAGCAAACUUGGUCCUUCACAAGGGAAGGUGCAUCAAGCCAGUCCUUUGUCCUCAACGGUGACCUUUGUUCUGCUCCUAAGACUUUGAAACAUGGUGUCCUUGACACUGAAGUGGAAGAGCCAAUGAAGGACUGCAGUAUUUGUGUGCUGAUUCUUCAAAUACACACACACACACACACACACACAGAGUAUAUAUGUGUACAUAUAUAGAUAUAUAGAUAUAUUCAGAAACAUUUCAUCAUUUAUAUAAACUAUAGGUGGAUUAUUAUAUGUAUAUUUUUUGCUAUAAGACAUGUAUUAUUUCUAGGAUCCUAAUCUGUAAGCCAUUGGAUACAUUGUAUAAAUAAACCAGGUGUUUGUAAUUUAAUAAGGCAGCAUGCAGACAUAUUGGAUGGCUUUAACAUCACAUAAAUUUGUCAUUUUUAAGAAGUUUUCUAAGAAACCUAAAUUGCCUGCCUGUAUUAAUUUUAGCUUUGAAUCAAGACUUGCAGUUGAGUGGAAAAUGUGUUUCUCUGGAGAAGGGCAAAGUUAUCUAGGGGCAUCCUGUGCUUCCAAAGAGAGGAAUGUAUGCCUGAGAGAGAUGGCUGGUGAUUGGUGACAGGCCCUAAUGGUGCAUGGAAAGCAAGGGAUAGGUUGUUAGACUUUAUUGGGUCAUGGUCCAAUAUUGUUUCCAAAACUGAUUGGCUAGUUGCCAAGAAAUAUAUAUUUGUCAGUGGAGCAUAACCAAAGAAUUGAAUGGUUUCUUGCCAUCUUUGCAUAUUCCUUGAGUCACCUAAUUAUACAUGUGUGUAUGAUGGAUGUGUCCAUUUAUAUAUCACAGUGAGAUUAAAGAAUGUUUGGGUGACAUGUUAGUUUUAUUGAGCAUGAGCAGAUAUUUGGAGAAACUUUUGCACAACCUGUGAAAAAAAGAGUCAUUUCUCUAAAUCUUAGAGCAAUUUAGGAUGGGCAAGUAUAAUGGGUUGAUGUUAGCCAUCUACAUUGUGUGACUAUUCCAUGUUUAAAAUGAAAAUCAUUAUUUCUAGAGGAUUCCUAGCCCAGUGCUAUUUGGUGACUGUUAGUAUGUCAUAAUUAUUAUACAGAAAGCCUUUACUGACUGGUUGAUUUAACAUCAGUCCAAACAAAGACUGGUUUCUGUACUUGCUCUAAUUUACUAGUAGUUUACUACUGGUCAUCAUGUGAGCUUGCUGACUUUUGUUUUCAGUUGAAUAAAUGAAAAUGUCAACAAAACAAAACCCACUGAUGUCUAAAAAUACUGUGUUCUACAGUGUAGUAAAUAAAGGGCUUAAUAUUUAAAAAAAACAGAUUUUCUCUUUCAAGAUGUGCUGUGUUAUACUUCAUAACUAAGCCAUAUCACUUUCGGGUUCAUCAGUUUUAUAACAGUUUUAUUUAAAUAUAUUUUAUAAGACCUACAAUACUUGAUUUUUAUAAAGAGUACUAUUAAUAGUAGCAAAUCCCCAAAUUUUUGACAAUCAGUAUAUUGCCGUUGCCUGUUAUGACAUUUGUGUUCCCUUUACCCAUACUCAUGACAGCCGAAGUAUUAAUUUGGAUUCUUUAUUGGGACAUCUCUAGUUGUUUGAGUAAACUGAAUAAAGCCCAGAGUAUAAUAUUGA